AUGACAAAGGCAUUUGCUAAUGUUCUUCUAAAAAUGCACCACAAAUAUUGCAUUUGGCAUAUUGUGAGUAAAUUUUCUGAAAAGAUAAGUGCAUUAUCUUAUAAAGAACAUUAUGACGAGUUAAAAAAAUGCAUAUGGAAUUCUGAGAGCCCUAAAGAGUUUGAGGCUAAAUGGAUAGAUGUUGUACACAAAGCCAACUUAUCCACUAAUGAAUGGUUGAAAGCCAUGUACGAAAUCCGUGAGAGAUGGAUUUCGGCAUAUAUGAAAUGCAUGGUUCUUUCUCAUAUACGACAUAAUGAAUUGGAUUUAGAUCAUAAAGAUCUCAAUGAGAAGCCAUAA